AUGGUGGAGGCGGCGGAGGAUGCGGACCUUCAGGACACCAGUGCCCGGUGGGCGGGUGCGCCGUCAUGGUGCCCAUGGGCAACUGUUGCUGCUCUCCGGCGCACCAUCAGAUCCACGGCGGAUUCCAGGUGCAGCAGCCGGCUCCGGUCUGCCAGCCUAUCGUCUGGUGCCAGCCCCGCUGGUGCUGAGCAACCGACCUCUGCUCUGUAA